GGCUACACCAGUUAGCCCUGCCGGCGGUAGCAGCAGCUAGCAGUCACUCGUUUUGCAUUUUCAACGGUCAACGGUCAUUGUAAUUUAGUUGACUCCUUCAAAGCUGAACGACAGUGACUGAACUGUCUCUCUGUUUUGCUGUGAGUAAAUUGUUAAGUGCAGCCGAGGCCCUCAAAAUGAGAGAAGGUGUGUGUGUCGUGUGAUUCUCUUUGUGCCCAGCCAUGGAGAAGUCCUGGAGGCUGUGGGGAGUGAUGGAGCGCUGUACUCUGGCUCUGGUCUCCUGGUCCUGGGGUGCCUGUCGAGUCUCCCUUUUGGCUCUCAUUCUCACCUUCCACCUGUAUGGAGGAUUUUUUCUCCUCGCUCUCAUCCUAGCCUCUGUGGCAGGCAUCCUCUACAAAUUUCAGGAUGUGCUCCUCUACUUCCCUGACCAGCCCUCAUCCUCUCGUCUGUAUGUUCCCAUGCCCACCGGGAUCCCACAUGAGAACUUGUACAUUCGCACUAAAGACGGUGUAAAGCUCAACCUCAUCCUUCUUCGUUACACGGGAAGUGAUUCGGCCUCUGGAGUCACCCCCGGCAAUCAGAGCAGCCCAACAUCUUCAGCUCCACCUACAAUUCUUUAUUUCCAUGGCAAUGCAGGUAAUAUUGGCCACAGAGUCCCAAAUGCCCUGCUCAUGCUGGUCAAUCUAAAAGCCAACAUAGUGCUGGUGGACUAUCGUGGUUAUGGAAAGAGCGAGGGUGAGCCCAAUGAGGACGGGUUGUACCUGGAUGCAGAGGCUACACUGGACUACGUCAUGACCCGUCCUGACCUCGACAAGACGAAGGUGGUACUCUUUGGUCGCUCGCUGGGGGGAGCUGUGGCUGUGCGUUUGGCAUCAGUCAACCCUCACCGUGUAGCAGCCAUUAUUGUUGAAAACACUUUCCUCAGCAUUCCUCACAUGGCAGCAACACUCUUCUCCUUCUUACCCAUGCGCUUGCUGCCUUUGUGGUGCUAUAGAAAUCAGUUCCUUUCUUAUCGGCACGUGGCGCUGUGCCGCAUGCCCUCGCUGUUUGUGUCUGGUCUGUCAGACCAGCUUAUCCCACCAGUUAUGAUGAAACAACUGUAUGAGCUGUCUCCUGCUCGGACUAAACGCUUGGCAAUCUUUCCAGAGGGAACACACAAUGACACUUGGCAGUGUCAGGGUUACUUUGCUGCUUUGGAGCAAUUCGUAAAAGACUUGCUGAAGAGCCAUGCCCACGAGGAGAGCACUCAACCCUCAGCCAGUGUCACCAUCAUCUGAAGAAAGCAGUCAGGGAGCGGUAACACGUUAUGGGUGGGGGAAAGUCAAGGCUGUCAAAAAAAAAUUGGUGUGAGGAACUGAUUUGAAUUGAUUUUUCAAAAGAAUGUACAUUUUUCUAUGAUUUUUUUCCUCCCAGGUUUUUAUUUUCUUCUGUGAAUUUAACAUGUUUGUUAAAAUUACUAUUUUGACUUUUUCAAGGGUUUAGGAGAAAGUAACUGUACCUUCAAAAGAUUUGUGUGUGUGUGUGUGUGUGUGUGUGUGUGUGUGUUGCAGCUACGAAUGCAUGUAUUUAUGGCCUUUUAUGAAUGAAUCCAGAGCAUAAAUGCCCACACUGCAAGACAUGACGCAAACACAAAGGAAUUAAAGCUGUAGUGGGUCUGCUGAAAUAAAUUAAAAGGAAACAGUGGCACAUAUUGUAAUGACCACAUUUCAGUGGAAAUGAUUAUUAGAAUUUCUAAUUGAAAAUUAGAAAUUGUUAUGUCUGUCUACUACUGUAUAUACAGUAAACGCAUAGAUCUUUAAUAUGUGGCACUUUUUGACCAUUUUGUUCAGAUUGAUGUUUUAAAGGUAAAACAACAAUAUCUGGUGAAGCAUACAAAUGUUUUUUCACCCCGUUAAUAUUGAGUACACGCAGUGGUUUUAUGGCAUAUUGGAAUUAAUAUUUAUAUGUUCCUUUAAAAGGUUAUUAUAUUAUUCCUUUUGUUGGGCACAAAAACAUUGAGUGACAUGCUUGAUACUUCUGUCUUUAAAAAUAAGUCGCAUCUUAUUUCCAGUCAGACUGCUUCCGAUUCAGUCUCAAACAUAUGUUUUGUCACUGCGCCCUCUUAAAACACAACUAGCAUAUUAUUUAAUCUUAAAUAGGCUCAAGUUGCUGUGGGAGAACUGGAGUGUUUGCUCAGAGUGUAGUUUGUUAUGUAAGGCUGCGUACAGGUUCCCCCCCCCCAAUCUAAUACAGCACCAUUAUACUUGUAUUUAUGUACACCAAAAGAGUAAAUACUUCCCAAUGACUAAUUUCAUGCAGAAAUAACUAAAUAAAAAUUCCAAAGUUGAGCGGAAGUGAAUACAUUCUGAGUCAUACUAAGGAAGGGAAUUUUCCAUUGUGAAGUCUCCAAGUCUCAAAUGUUACUGUCGUUCACAACAAAAGUGAAAGGGAAACCCAAGUAAGAUAAGUGUAUGAAAUAACAAAAGAUGACUCAUAUUAACUUAAGCUAAUGUCUUUUCAGUCAGUACAGACACAAUGACUGUAUUCAUGUACUCUUCCCACAUAUUUACAAAAAAAAAACAAAAAGCUGUUUCAAUAUUGCAAUCAGACAGUCUGAAUCUGUCUUAAGAACAAAAACAUUUGUGUGUUGUUUUUUUUUUUAAAUCAUGGUAAUUUUUUCUCUCAUUAUCUCACCCCAUGCUAAAAUGGCUUUACUCACUUGGGGACAGGGGCUUUAAAUGAGUUUGUUCACCUCUGUAGCAUGUCUUUCAGGGGAUGGAGCAGAACUGGAUGAUUUAAAAAAAUAUAAAUAAAAAUUAUCUGCUCCUGCUUUCCACUUGUAGGCACCCUGCACUGCACUGGUAUCAAAGCCAUUCAAAUACACUCAACUUAUCUCCUCAGCCAUAUGUGAUACUGUUUUCUUAAACAGUGUGCUAAGCAAAAUUUGACGACACCAAAACACUUUGUCAGUGUGAUCACAAAAAAACAGUAUGGUUUAUCAUCACCAAUGCUGGCUAGAGUCAGACAUAUUUUUUUUUGUAUUUGUAUGGAAGUCAUAAGAUAAUUUAAAUAUAUUAUAUAAUAUUAUCCCACUGCACAUCCUGAGUGCAUGUUGUGCAGUCUGAUUACAUCCAUCCGUUGUCUACUCCUUUAUCCUCCACAUGAGGGCUGUCGGGCUGCUGGUGCCAAUCCCAGCUGACAUGGGGCGGAAGGCGGGGUUCAUUCUGGACAGGUCGCCAGUCCAUCGCAGGGCCAGGAACAACCAUUGGGAGAACAUGCAAACUCCACACAGAAAGCAGGGACGUGACCAACAAUCUUCUUGCUGUGAGGCAACAGUGCUACCCGUGUGCGCCACUGUGUGGCAGUCUGUUUUUAAUCAUGUGAAUAUACACAUUUAAUUACACAUGCUUUUCACACUUGACUCAAUAGUGCCAUUUCUUUAUUCAUAAAAAAAAAAAGAAUUCUUUGUCUUAUUUGGUGGCUGUCAUAAAAGAAUCCUAAGAGUUCCGACACUGACCAAGUGUAUGGUUCAGUGUCCUGUUGUUGAAAAGAAAUGGACAAAAUUUGAAUGUCUUUACAUUGUGUUAAUAAAGAAAAUAAUCUGACAGUGGCUGCAGGAAUAAUCUACGGAACGACCAUAUUUCCAUGUCCACGCAACUGUGAAUAGAGUGGAGUGAAUGCUUUUGAAAUUGUUGGCAUCAUUGGAAAUUUACAAGCUGCAAUGUGAAUAUUUUGAGUCUUGGCAAAUGUUUGUAGUGAACCUGAAUGGUGUUUGUGUACAUCUACCAUGAGUUACAGUAAUUUCACCUAAAGGAAACAUGAAUGGGAUACCUGAGGAUUUAGGCAUCUGAAUGACUCAUCUUUAUCUUUAGUAUGAAGCAGUCAGUUUGAGUGAUUUCCCAUUUUUCAGUCAUUUCUUUCCUUUUCUAUUUCAAGAACAAUGUUGACAACUUCUUUUGUAUGCACACAUUUUCACUUUCUAUUUUCUGUACUGUAACAUGCAAUAAAUUGAUACAUUAAAUGUG